CGCGCCCCGAGCCCCGCGCGCCCCACGCAUCCCGCGCGUCCCCGGCCCCGCGCGCGCUCCCCGCAUCCCGCGCCUCCGACGUCCGCUCCCCUGUCCGCAGUGUCUCCUCCCGCGCACAUGGCCCCGGUGUUGGCGGCGAGCGCCCGCCAGGGGCCAUGAUCCGGCUGCGCGGCUGGUGCGCGCGGAGGCCCCGCGGCGCAGCGGUGCCUGCGGGGCCCGCUGGGCUGCGCUGGGCGUCGGGCGGGCCUGCCGGCCGCGCCCUGCGGGUGCUGGUGGACAUGGACGGCGUGCUGGCCGACUUCGAGGGCGGCUUCCUCAGGAAGUUCCGCGCGCGCUUCCCCGACCAGCCCUUCAUCGCGCUGGAGGACCGGCGCGGCUUCUGGGUGUCGGAGCAGUACGACCGCCUGCAGCCCGGGCUGAGCUUCCCAGUAGCACUGAGGUUGCGAGUCUUCCUGGACGGCACACAGGGAGUCACGGACCGUGUUACUGUGAUGCCACUAAGCCUGUUACUGAAAUGGAAGUCCGUGUGCCCGAUGCACAGUGAGGCCAAACGAUACCAAAACGUCAGAGUCUGGAACAGAGAAAGGUCUGCUGCAGGGCCAUGCAAGGAGAUGGAUGGCUCAUGCCUUAAAAACCCCAAACUUCCCAAAAGCUUUCAGCAAAGCCCUUUUCUAGGAAAGGAGAAGGCCAUCAGCAUCUGGGAGUCGGAGAAUUUCUUCUUUGACCUCGAGCCUCUGCCAGGCGCUGUGGAGGCAGUGAAACAGAUGGCCAACCUGGAGAGCACCGAUGUCUUCAUCUGCACCAGCCCCAUCAAGAUGUACAAGUACUGUCCCUUCGAGAAGCAAACACACACGGUCAGCCAACGUUCGGCGCCUCCUGCGCGUCACACGGAAGGGAUGCGCCCUCGUCGGGGUGUCGCGGGCGCUCCACUGUGUGCCUCGUCCUCAGGACGCCCCUCGACCCGCCAAGACCGUGAGUGCAGCUCACCUCGGGGGCGAGUGGCUCGGCUUGGUCAGCGGGGGUGGGCUUGGGCCUGGAGGCGUGUCCAGUCCCCAGCAGAGCAGUGAACUGGAGGCUCGGUACCCCCUGCACGCUGGCUAGAAGUGGGCAUUGUCCGGCCCCUCACGAGACCCCCGGCAGAAACUCUGGGAGUAGCCGGUGUGUUUCCACAAGCCCCCAGGUGCGCCGUGUUUGAGAACCGCUGGGCUGGGGCAGCUGUUUCAGCCAGGGCUGCGGUGGAGGCGGGGCUGGCUGUCCGGCCCUCGCGGUCCUCGUCCCUCCCCCGGGGGUUCAAGUGUCAUCUCUACUCCGACCAUCCCGCCCGUGCAGCCUCAGCCCAGCACUCCCCUCUGAGCUCCAGGUGGCUCCGACCUGCCGUGUCUGUCCCCGGGGUGCCGACGUCCCUGUCCCACGUCCGCCCCUCCCUCCGAGGCUGGAAGCACCACCCUUCGUACCCCUCUGUACCUCAGCAAGCCUGCUUCCUGCUGAGGCUGUUUCUCAAGCACACCUCUGUCUCCGUGGCCAUCUGGGGAGAAAUGCUGACAUAGCCUCCGCAGCUGCCCGCGCAUUUCAGCUCCACACGCACACCCCCGGGGGUGCGGGCCAUGUCCCGCUGGCCCUACUUUAAAGCCUUUAGUUGUCUCUGCAGCAGCUGUGUCACCAAAUGCCGCUCUUCCCUGAGGCCGUGGAAAGACCUCCUCCCUCGAAAGUCCGUCUAGUAACUCUUUUGCUGCAUGUGGU